AGCUAUCCCAACAUCUGUUGUUGUCCCCCCCCACACACACACACACACACACACACACAGAGUGAGAGAGAGAGUGAGUCGCUGGGCCGUUUUGCACCGGAACACCAGGCUCGGCUUCCCUCGCUGUGGAGGAAUCUUUGCUCGGUAUGAUCGCAGCACGAACGCGGCUCUAACACGGCUGACGAUGGCUUCGGUGCGGAUGGUCGGUAAAGUUAUGGCGAGACUUUGUGGAAGUCUUCAGCCUCUUCACCGCGGUUUACCCGCCACGGCUCGUCCCGCGACGUCUCUACACCAGGUUCAGCAGAGGUUGCCCCUACUUGGGAACUGCCAAGCACUUUUCUACGCUACACUCCCGCCCUCCAGUGCAGACGUGUUUUUGAAGUUCAAAUAUGGCCGCCUGUCUCUGGAGGUGCCGUUGCCGUCUCGGAAUGAGAAGUGCGUGUUCUUCCUCCGACCGAUGCUGAUGAGUGUUGGAGACCUGAUCGCAGAUCUGCACAAAGAGGAUCCCGGAGCCACUGCUGCUGUGUUCUCCAAGGACGGAGAGCGCGUGGCCAGCACCACGCUCAUCGACGCUCUGCUGGACAAGGACUUUCAGCUGGUCAUCAACGACACUGUUUAUGAUGUUCGGCCGCCUGAGACGGCGUGCACGUCCAGUGAGCACGCCAUGGAGCUGGAGGACAUGAAGCAUGUGGUGCAUCUGCUGCACACGGCGUUGCACACGCCUGAAUAUCACAUGCUGAAGGAGCGGGAGCUGCUGGAGAAACUGGACAACCUGAAACAAGAACUUUCGCCACUAGAGAAGAUGAAGGCACAGCUGUCACGUACAGCAGAGUUCAAAACCUCCAGGGUUCUCUGGGCUGGCAUGGCCCUGUUAUCGGUGCAGGGAGGUGCUCUGGCCUGGCUCACCUGGUGGGUCUACUCGUGGGAUGUAAUGGAGCCCGUUACAUACUUCAUCACCUACGCCACCAGCAUAGGAGCCUUUUCCUAUUAUGUCCUUACCAAACAGGAUUAUGUUUACCCGGAGGCUAAAGACAGACAGUUCCUGCAUUACAUGUACAAGGGGGCCAGCAAGAAAAACUUCAGUGUGAAACGAUACAACGAACUGAAGGAUCAACUGGCUCAGGUGGAGGACGACCUGAGACGUCUGAAAUACCCGACUCAAAUGCAGCUGCCGCUCGAACAGAUCCAGCUGAAGCCAUGAACACUGACGUCCUGCUUUAUUUUGAUAACGGCCCAUUUUUACAAGGAAUCCAUAUCACUCCGUCUUCUAUUUAGUAUGUUGAUAAUGUUGCCAAUGUUGCCAAUGACACGCGUAUAUAUCUCAAAUACAAACACCAUGGACUGUUCAAAUCAAAAGUAUUGAUCUGCAUGACAUGUAGAUAAUAUUAACCUAAGGAUGGAGAUUUGCAAAUAUAUUGUUGCACACAAGUGAAAUAAAAACAGAUUAUACACUU